AUGGCUUCCAAUCUUGUGCAACUCCAAGUACCAGUGCUGAUGAAAGACAACUAUGGAAAAUGGAGUACUCAAUUCAAGGCUUUGUUUGGCUCACAGGACCUGUGGGACAUAGUCAACAAUGGAUACACUGAGCCUACACCUAAGGAAGAAAGAGCUUAUACUGCUAAGCAAAAAAGCACACUGAAGGAGCAACGAAAGAAGGAUAAGAAGGCCCUAUUCCUUCUUUAUCAAGGUCUGGACCAGGAUGACACAUUCGAGAAGAUAUCUGAAGCAACCACAAGCAAAGAAGUGUGGGACAAUCUUGCAGUCAUCUACAAAGGGGUAGAACGUGUCAAGAAGGUGCGCCUGCAGACGUUGUGGGGAGGGUUUGAAACAGUUCACAUGUAUGAAGGAGAAACUAUGACUGAUUAUCAUUCAAGGAUGUUACGAUCAUUGACCUCGAGUUUUGAGCAUGUGGUCACGGCAAUAGCGGAGUCUAGGGAUCUUGAUAAAAUGAGUGUCGAGGAGUUGCUGAGGUCUCUUCGGGUGCAUGAGGCUUGGUUUCGAAAGAAUGUUAAUACUGCAGCUGGUGGGCAAGCAUUAAAGGUCAAGUUUAUGCCAGAUAAAACCAGUGGUGGUCGAGGAAGAGGACGUGGAGGUUCCAACUCAAGAGGGCGUGGAUUUCGUGAAAGGAACUCGCAGUAUGGUGAAAGGAAAAUGCAGAUGCAAUGCUAG